UAGUCUUUGGCUCGGCGAGAAAUUAGCAAAAAAAAAUCUCAUUUUAUUACGUUUAAACCUAUAUAAAAACGCUGCAUGAGAUGCCCAAGAUUCAGAAUUUGCAUUUCAACUCGUACGUUAAGUGUAACAAAAUGACUAAAAUUGCGGUUUUUGCUUUUAUUAUUUCAUUUUUUUUGUGCCGUUUGACCGAAAGUGCACCAGCUGGAGACAACGCCGAGUUGGAGAUUUACACACGAGAAUUGGAAUUGGGACAUUUAUUUUCGGUGGAAGAGCUAAUCUCUCCCAAUGGAGGUGUCAUUAUUGUUGUCGUUGAAGAACAAUACUAUAAAUACGCAGAAACAUUUGUGAAAGAAAACCUAGUCAGCAAAAGUGUCAGUGUGUUUUUAACGUCCACAUCAGAGUAUGUUCAAACGAUACAAGAAGAAAUGACGUCUCCCAAUGGAGAAUAUUACUACUACUUCAAACAAGAGACAGUUAGAAAAGAAAAAAUUUGGGUGAUGUAUUUUGGACAGUAGGACGAAAAAUUGUUCAUCGCCGUAUGUUACACGCAAAUAAUAUAUGAGUUUCCAUGGUGGAAUGAAAUAAUCGAUAAAAUGUGAUGAAUUAUCAGGUAGAACGGAGAAUAUCAUAAGCAAUCCCCAUAAGAAUAAGGUCAAUUCUAUAUUAUUUAGGAUAACCAAUCAUUUGUAAUGCACUCAAAAUAUGUCGAUGGUUAGUAAUUACAGAGUUUGAAUAAAUAAA